AUGCCCUCCGAAUAUCAGUGCCGUCCUCGCAUUUACGCACAUGCGUUUACACUCGAAUAUGGAUCGAGUAGUGCGUAUACUUUAUUGCUUUUAAAGAUUCAAGCGGUUAGUCAGGAACUUGUGGCCCACUCCAAAGCACGAACAGCAUUGGCUCGGGAAUUCUGA